AUGACCCAUUGCGAACUGACCUCGAGGCUACUGUUCCAAUGUCUACGACACACAUACAAAAACACCUUUCCCGCAGGGCAGCUCCCGUUUAGCCGCUCCUUCUCCUGUACCCCAGCGGGCAACGAAGAGGCUCAAACGGAAACCCGUCCGAGCCAGCCUUUCUACAUAGCUCCUGAUCCAGCACUGGUAACUAGUCCUCGACUGGAGCGAAGACUUCUACGGGCAGGUAAUCCUCCAAUUGGGUCUCGUCGACGUCGCGCAGCGCUCCAGGACUCGCCCAAUAUCCCAUUUGAACUUCUGCCGUACCAAUGCUUCCAGGAGGCUCGCAAAGUCUUGUUAGAGGAUAGAGAGGAGAAAAUCAAACAAAUCGAGACAGAACGUGGUAGAAUAGCGAGAUUACGUGCGGCUAACCCUGCAACAGUUGGAAGAGAACUUCAAAAGAAUACCCGGCUCAGAAGCAUGGAGAAGCACUUGGAGUAUCUGAAAAUUCAGGCAGAUAUCAACGAUCCUGUGAUUAAGAAGCGAUUUGAGGACGGCCUUGGUGAUAUGAAUCGGCCAAUAUAUCGCUUCCUCGCUGAUAAAAAAUGGAGAGAAUAUAGACGCAAGAUCAUCGUCCAGCGUAUAACUCAAAUGAAAGUGGUUCCCGAUGUGCUUCCACAUCUAGACCCUAUAGUCGAUGUGAAAUUAGCAUUUGGGAGGCGAGUAAUACCUCCUGGAGAAUUCGUCGAUUCUCGAGUCAGCUCGAUCCCAGCCAAGCUGAACGUCCAAAGCUUUGAGCGAGGCGAGAAACUGUUGACAAUUGCUGUUGUGGAUUCGGAUGUCCCCGAUCUCGAACACGACACAUUCGGGUUCCGAUGUCACUUCCUUGCCAUUAAUGUGCCGAUCUCGCCUAACGAGCCCCGGAUAUCCUUGGACAAGCUCUCAACAGACAAUCAGGUCAUUUUUACGUGGUUUCCUCCUUACGCCCAAAAAGGAAGUCCGUAUCACCGUCUCUCUGUCGUUGUGUUGGAGCAAAAGGAUCAGGCAGCUUUGGAUUUGAAGAAGGUGGCAGAGAAGGUGCAGCGUGAAGACUUCAGCCUUCGAAGCAUACUGACGCGACACCAGCUAAAACCCAUUGGAGCACAUCUAUUUAGAUGCAAAUGGGACGAGAACACCGAAUCUGUGAUGAACGAGUUUGGUAUUCCAGGCGCAGAUAUCGAGUUCCUGAGAAAGAGGAUUGAACCUCUGCCAUACAAGAGAAGGAACCCAUCCUCAUUUAGAUAG